AUGUGUUCUCGAGCUUUAUUAUUAGCUGCCUUUCUGACGGUAGCCUGUGUGGCCCAAGUUUUGGGUAUCGGCGUUAUAGUGCCAGGAACCAAGUGGUGUGGUCCCGGCAACGUGGCCGACAACUAUAAUGAUCUCGGCACCGAGCGGGAGCUGGACGUAUGCUGUCGCGCCCAUGACAAUUGCCAGGAGAAGAUAUCUCCUUACGAUGAGGCUUAUGGUCUUCGAAAUGACGGCGUGUUUCCCAUUUUCUCCUGCGAAUGUGAGGCUGCCUUCCGCAGCUGCCUUACAAGUCUGCACAGCUACCACUCCCUGGCACUCGGACGCAUAUACUAUAGCAGCAAGGAGGUGUGCUUCGGCUACGGACAUCCAACUGUUUCCUGCGCCGAGACCCAAAGGCACCUGUUCGAGAAACGUUGCUUGAGCUACCGCGUGGACGAGGGAAAGCCCAAGAUCUGGCAAUUCUACGACUUGGCUCUCUACACACACGUCACCGGCAGCGAGGAGGACUCAGAUGAUUGAACCUAGGCUUGACCUACGAUGAUAAGCUUUAAUUUAUUCUACUGAAAUUGUAGUCAAAACAAAACCGAAAACGAUUAGCUUAGCUUUUUGAUUGUGCGAAUUAUGUAUUUCUUUCGUAAACAAAAAUAAAAAACAAGCUACAUUUUAA